AUGCGCUUUCAUCAUUUAUGGGUUUGGUCCAUUUUGCUAAUGAAGCCCAACUUUACAAAAGAAGAGCAGAAGGCUAAAGUUAAUGUCACAGGAGCAUUCGCUGCAUUUUUAAUUUGUUUAGAUAAGAACGCCAGCAUUGGGAAGCCGGAUUUUUACUGCAGAUUGGAAACCAGCCCCAGCCAGAAAAACCCGUCCCUGCGGCUGGGGCUGCUGGCGCUGGCGCUGCUGGGCGAGGUGGCCCCGCAGGCUUGCCCGGCGCAGUGCUCCUGCUCCGGCAGCACGGUGGACUGCCACGGGCUGGCCCUCAGGGGGGUCCCCAGGAACAUCCCCCGAAACACCGAGAGGCUGGAUUUGAAUGGAAAUAAUAUCACGAGAGUUACCAAGACUGAUUUUGCUGGCCUCAGACACCUAAGAGUUCUUCAGCUCAUGGAGAACAAGAUUAGCACUAUUGAAAGAGGAGCAUUCCAAGAUUUAAAAGAACUGGAGAGACUCCGUUUAAACAGAAAUAACCUUCAGCUGUUUCCUGAGUUGCUGUUCCUUGGGACUUCAAAACUCUACAGACUUGAUCUGAGUGAAAAUCAGAUUCAAGCAAUUCCAAGAAAGGCUUUUCGUGGAGCUGUUGACAUUAAAAAUUUGCAACUGGAUUACAACCAGAUCAGCUGUAUUGAAGAUGGGGCAUUUAGGGCUCUCCGCGACCUGGAAGUGCUCACUCUCAACAAUAACAACAUCACUCGGCUCUCAGUGGCAAGUUUUAACCAUAUGCCAAAACUUAGAACCUUUCGACUCCAUUCCAACAACCUCUACUGUGACUGCCAUCUGGCCUGGCUCUCCGACUGGCUGCGUCAAAGACCUCGGGUUGGCCUCUACACUCAAUGUAUGGGUCCUUCCCACCUGAAAGGCCAUAAUGUAGCUGAGGUUCAGAAACGAGAAUUUGUCUGCAGUGAUGAGGAAGAAGGACACCAGUCUUUCAUGGCUCCCUCCUGCAGUGUUUUGCACUGCCCUGCAGCAUGUACUUGUAGUAACAAUAUCGUCGACUGCCGAGGGAAAAGUCUAACUGAGAUCCCCACCAACCUGCCGGAGACCAUUACUGAAAUACGUUUAGAGCAAAACUCAAUCAAGGUCAUCCCUCCUGGAGCUUUCUCACCCUAUAAAAAACUUCGGAGGAUUGACCUGAGUAAUAAUCAGAUCUCAGAAGCAGCCCCAGAUGCCUUCCAGGGCCUACGUUCCCUCAACUCUCUUGUCCUCUAUGGAAAUAAAAUUACUGAACUUCCAAAGAGCUUGUUUGAAGGACUCUUCUCCUUACAGCUGCUAUUACUGAAUGCCAACAAGAUCAACUGCUUACGAGUCGAUGCUUUCCAAGAUCUACACAACUUGAACCUUCUGUCCUUGUAUGACAACAAGCUUCAGACCAUUGCCAAAGGCACCUUUUCACCCCUGCGCGCUAUACAGACUCUGCAUUUGGCUCAGAACCCGUUUAUUUGCGACUGCCAUCUGAAGUGGCUGGCGGAUUAUCUCCACACAAACCCUAUCGAGACCAGCGGUGCUCGCUGCGCCAGUCCCCGCCGGCUGGCAAACAAAAGAAUUGGCCAGAUUAAAAGCAAGAAAUUCCGCUGUUCAGCUAAAGAACAGUAUUUCAUUCCAGGCACAGAAGAUUAUCGGUCAAAAUUGAGUGGCGACUGCUUUGCCGACCUAGCUUGCCCAGAAAAGUGUCGUUGUGAGGGAACCACAGUGGACUGCUCCAACCAAAAGCUCUCCAAGAUCCCCGAUCACAUCCCACAAUAUACCGCAGAACUGCGACUCAACAACAACGAAUUCACCGUGUUAGAGGCUACUGGGAUCUUUAAGAAACUCCCUCAACUGCGUAAAAUAAACCUCAGCAACAACAAGAUCACCGAUAUUGAAGAAGGAGCAUUUGAAGGGGCCUCUGGUGUAAAUGAAAUACUGCUCACCAGUAACCGUUUGGAAAACAUCCGGCACAAGAUGUUCAAGGGAUUGGAAAGCCUCAAAACCUUGAUGUUAAGAAGCAAUCGUAUCAGCUGCGUAGGGAACGACAGUUUCACAGGACUCAGUUCUGUGCGUUUACUUUCUCUGUAUGAUAACCAGAUUACUACAAUUGCCCCUGGAGCAUUCGACACUCUCCAUUCUUUAUCCACACUAAAUCUCUUGGCCAAUCCCUUCAACUGUAACUGUCACCUGGCUUGGUUGGGAGAUUGGCUUAGGAAGAAACGCAUCGUAACGGGAAACCCUCGUUGUCAAAAACCAUACUUCCUGAAGGAGAUUCCCAUCCAGGACGUUGCCAUUCAGGAUUUCACUUGUGAUGAUGGAAAUGAUGAUAACAGUUGUUCCCCAUUAUCCCGUUGUCCGGCUGAAUGCACCUGCCUUGAUACUGUAGUCCGCUGCAGCAACAAGGGCCUGAAGGCUUUACCAAAAGCCAUUCCCAAAGAUGUCACUGAACUGUAUUUGGAUGGAAACCAAUUUACCCUUGUUCCCAAAGAACUUUCUAAUUAUAAACAUUUAACAUUAAUAGAUUUAAGUAACAACAGAAUCAGCACCCUUUCCAAUCAGAGCUUCAGCAACAUGACCCAGCUGCUUACCUUAAUUCUCAGUUACAACCGCCUCAGAUGCAUACCCACUCGAACCUUCGAUGGAUUAAAAUCACUUCGGUUGCUAUCUUUGCAUGGAAAUGACAUUUCUGUUGUGCCCGAGGGAGUGUUUAAUGAUCUUUCUGCGUUAUCACAUCUGGCAAUUGGAGCAAAUCCUCUUUACUGUGACUGCAACAUGCAGUGGUUAUCAGAUUGGGUAAAAUCGGAGUACAAAGAACCUGGAAUUGCCCGGUGUGCUGGUCCUGGGGAGAUGGCAGACAAGCUACUACUCACCACUCCAUCCAAAAAAUUUACCUGCCAAGGUCCUGUAGAUGUUAAUAUACUUGCUAAAUGUAGUCCCUGCUUGUCGAAUCCCUGUAAAAAUGAUGGAACCUGUAACAAUGACCCUGUGGACUUCUACCGCUGUACCUGCCCCUAUGGUUUCAAGGGUCAGGAUUGCGAUGUUCCAAUUCAUGCUUGUAUCGGGAACCCAUGCAAAAAUGGAGCCACUUGUCACUUGAAAGAAGGAGAAAAGGAUGGAUUCUGGUGUACAUGUGCAGAUGGGUUUGAAGGUGAAAAUUGUGAAGUCAAUGUGGAUGACUGUGAGGACAACGACUGUGAAAAUAAUUCCACUUGUGUAGAUGGUAUCAAUAACUACACUUGUCUUUGCCCACCUGAAUACACAGCUGCUAAUCUGAAUGAGGUGGAAAAAGGUGAGUUGUGUGAGGAGAAACUGGAUUUUUGUGCCCAGGAUUUGAACCCCUGCCAGCAUGAUUCCAAAUGCAUCCUGACUCCCAAGGGAUACAAAUGCGAUUGCACUCCUGGAUAUGUAGGGGAACACUGCGAUAUUGACUACGAUGACUGUCAAGACAACAAGUGUAAAAAUCGAGCUCAUUGCACCGAUGCAGUGAAUGGCUACACAUGCAUCUGCCCCGAAGGCUACAGUGGGUUAUUUUGUGAGUUUUCACCCCCCAUGGUUCUUCCUCGCACUAGCCCUUGCGAUAACUAUGAUUGUCAGAAUGGAGCUCAGUGCAUCACCAAAGUCAACGAGCCAAUCUGUCAGUGUCUGCCUGGCUACCAGGGAGACAAGUGCGAGAAGUUGGUCAGCGUCAACUUCGUGAACAAAGAAUCCUACCUCCAGAUUCUUUCCACGAAACUCCGACCUCAAACGAACAUCACUCUACAGAUCGCCACAGACGAGGACAGUGGAAUUCUGCUGUAUAAAGGUGACAAAGAUCAUAUAGCAAUGGAGCUGUAUCGUGGGCGAGUGCGGGUCAGCUAUGACACAGGAUCUUACCCGGCUUCUGCCAUUUACAGCGUGGAGACAAUAAAUGAUGGAAAUUUUCACCUAGUGGAACUGCUUGCUGCCGAUCAGAUCCUCUCACUCUCUGUUGAUGGUGGAAACCCCAAAACCAUUUCCAACUUGUCAAAGCAAUCCACCUUGAAUUUCGACUCCCCAUUUUAUGUAGGAGGGAUGCCCGUGAAAAACACAGCCGCCGCCCUGCGCCAGUCCCCCAGCCACAAUGGGACCAGCUUCCACGGGUGUAUCCGUAACCUGUACAUCAACAGCGAACUGCAGGACUUCCAGAAAGUCGCCAUGCAGACCGGCAUUCUCCCCGGCUGCGAGCCGUGCCACAAGAAGGUUUGUGUGCACGGAACCUGCCACGCCACCAGCCAGUCGGGCUUUACCUGUGACUGUGAAGAAGGGUGGAUGGGGUCCCUUUGCGACCAGCAGACCAACGACCCCUGUCUUGGAAAUAAAUGUAUGCAUGGGACCUGCUCACCAAUCAAUGCAUUUUCCUACAGCUGUAAGUGCCUAGAGGGGCAUGGGGGUGUCCUCUGUGAUGAAGAAGGAGAGCUGUUUAACCCCUGCCAGUCCAUUAAGUGUAAACAUGGAAAAUGUAGACUCUCGGGGCUUGGAAAGCCAUAUUGUGAGUGCAGUAGUGGAUACACUGGGGACAGCUGUGACCGAGAAAUCUCUUGUCGAGGGGAACGAGUCCGAGAUUACUAUCAAAAGCAGCAAGGCUACGCCGCUUGCCAGACCACGAAGAAGGUGUCACGGCUAGAAUGUAAAGGAGGCUGUUUAGGCGGGCAGUGCUGUGGACCACUGAGGAGCAAGCGGCGGAAAUACCCUUUUGAGUGCACGGACGGGUCUUCAUUUGUGGACGAGGUGGAGAAAGUGGUGAAGUGUGGCUGUACAAAGUGCCCCUCCUAAAUGUGCCCCCGUCACACUUGUCUUUUGGAAAAUGUUGUAUACUUAUUGACCAUGUCGGACUAAUUAAUGCUUCAUAGUGGAAAUAUUUGAAAUAUAUUGUAAAAUACAGAACAGACUUAUUUUUAUUAUGAGAAUAAAGACUUUUUCUGCAUUGCAAAAGAUUGGAGUGCUUGAAAUAAGACUUCUCCUAGGCCAGAAGAGCUGGAAGAAAGAAAACCAACAAACCCAGAGAUGUUACGGCAGUGAUGGGAGACAGCCGCUGUUAACAAGGAUUCUUCUUUAGAACAUGUUGGAGACACACGUACGUGGGACCUUUCAACCUACAGCUCAUCGAUUGGAAAAACUGACCGGAGCAUAACGCCUGAGCGGAUGCUGCGUUCUUUCAGAUCAUUAUCCUGUAACGCCUACCAGACACAUCCAUAUGGAUGAGGAAGAGCUGUGGGUGAAUGGGAAUUCAGAGUUUGCAGGGAUAACAGAUGUAUGUGGCGUGAACGGUGGCCUGUUGUGAAAGACUCCUGAGAAGGUGGGUUCCCUAAAAUGAUGGAAGAUUUUGUUUAAAACAUGAGGGCAGAUGAGGCCCCUAAAGAAUCUUCUGUGGUUGUCUGCUUUGUCAACGUGUUAGCAAAAGAAGCACAUAAGUGUUUAUCCUUUUCCAGUAUUAAUUUUUGUAAUAUAAAUGUUAAAGGGGGUGAUAAAGAACAGAUAGAUUAUUGAUGGAUAAAUUAGAAAUAAUAUGGAUUUCUGUUUCUAUGAGUUCUAAACAGCUCUAUACAGUAUUCAGUUUCAUUGAGAAAUAUUUAUUGUAUCAAAGUACAUUGUACUUAACAUUUUUAGGCAUCCCUUUUACUGUUUUUUCAAUGCUUUAAUAUAUAUUAAUUUAUAUUUGUCCUGAUAUUUUUGUAUUUUGUUUUUUAAAAAAAACUUAAAAAUCAGGAUGUUUUGCAAUAGAACUAACCUAGCAUGUUGUCUUGGGGUAAAUAUUUUUGGUCUGGGUGUUUUCUUUAGCAUAAGACCGCUGGUGUCCGUGAAAAACAACUGACGUUGAAGAUAAUGCAGUCUUCAAAUUCAGCCGGAAUUCAGGACACCUCCCGAGAACUUGUAACAUAUGAGAGAAAAAUAUCUUUGCAUUAGAUGACAAUUGUCUAGAGUAAAUUUUCCCUAUACAUCUUAUACUUACUGAAGAUAAAAUGGUGUGUAGAAAAAUGACACUAGAAAGUAGACAAAUUAAUAUUCCCUUGAAGUUCUUUACCUUCUAAAACAAAAGGCUGUACUAUCGAGAAUUGUGAUUAUUUUUUCCCCAAGAAAUAAUAAAACUACUUUCUUACCCUAAUGUUCCCCCAUGUUAACAUGUUGCUGCUAAAUUACAAUGUAGAAUCGGUAAAGACUUGUAGUGGUUUGUGCUCUUCUUUCAUUAAAAACCCAGGGUGCCCUGUAAAAAUGCAGAUGUUUCUUUCAGAAUUUUUUACAGAGAUAUUAGAUGUACAUGUAUAAUGCAGUGUGCUUUGUCAUAUCUGGACUGAUAUCAGUAAGCUACUGAUGUUUGUAAAUUAAACAGAUAUUUACUUCA